CGCGAUUGGGGCUUUCAAUUUGUGACCCAUUCCGCUCAUCUAGUUUAGGUCCGAACCCGAUGUGAGGCUUAAAAGCCAACCUCUUCUCUAAUUCGUCCCCUCCCAUCUUUCUUCCCCCGCGAAAAACCCUAAUUUAAUCAGCCGAUCAGUACGCCACCGUGGCCACCGCCGUUCGCGCCGUCGCCUCCGCCGCAUAGCUCUCCCUCCGCCUCUCUCUCCAGUGCGAGAUCCGAUCGAUUAUACUUGAAGCAUAUUCUUUUAGUAUAUGUAAUGGACAUCAUCUCUCAGCUGCAAGAGCAAGUUAACACAAUUGCCUUUAUCACAUUGAACACGUUUGGGACAUUGCAAAGAGAUGCACCGCCAGUCCGGCUCUCUCCCAAUUAUCCUGAACCACCUACUAAUCCGUCUGCUAAUCCAUCAGAGGAGACGGUAAACACUGCAGAACAAGCAAAGUUAAUGAGUGCCACAUUGGUUCAAGCUGCAAAAAAGUUUGAUGCACUUGUUGCUGCAUUGCCAUUGUCAGGAGGGGAAGAAGCACAAUUAAACAGGAUACAAGAACUCCAGGCAGAGAAUGAAGCUGUGGGACAGGAGCUUCAUAAGCAAUUGGAAGCCGCAGAGCAAGAGCUGAAGCAGGUCCAAGAGUUGUUCAACCAAGCAGCAGACAACUGCUUGAAUUUGAAGAAGCCAGAAUGAUGGAUUUUGACAUUAUAUACCAAUGAUUUUUUUUUCUUUUUUUUUUGUUCCUUAUGAAUCUGUAUUAACCAUUAUUACCUAAUGUAUACUUUGAGAGCAAGAAUCAGAUUGUCACCUUGGUCUGUCUUUUGCAUAAUUGCUGCAUUUGGGGCAAUAUAUGAGCUUUUAAAUGUAGUUUGCUUUGUUAAAUGAAA